GACUCUUCCUCCUCCUUCUGUCUCUUUCGUUCUUCCGUGCUUUCUGGUAGACGAUCUUUUUAUCUGCCUUUUCUCUCUUUCUUUCCGUCGGGCUCUGUUCGUGUCCUUCUUUACCAAAUCACAUAACACCCUUAUAUCACAAAUCAUAUCUCAAAAUGUCCGGAGUUCAGCCUGUUGCCGUCUAUGCGCUCAGAGUUCCCGCUGGCGGAGCUCUGAUUCCCGCCGUGGUCCCUGAGGCCGCUGCCAUGUUCCGUGUGACCAUGGCUGCCAUCGACCCCGAUGAGGCCCCCGAGUACGAGGAUGGCUUUGACUCCAACAAGCGUCCCCGCGCCACCUUGAAGCUCGUUCGCCCUCCUCCCGGCUUGGACCUCGAGGACGAGUCUGAUGAUGAGGACUACGAGGACGACUCCGAGGAAGAUUCCGAGGAUGACGAGGAGGUCAACGGCGGCCCCAGCGACAAGGAGAAGGCCCGCAAGCUCAAGCUUGCUGCUGCCCGCAAGGAGCUCGAGGAUGCUAUGGACGAGGACUCCGAGGAAGAUGAUGAGGAUGAGGAGUUCGAUCUGAAGGCUGCUAUCUCCAAGCUGGUCAAGGGCAAGGCCCCCGCCACCGAUGACGACUCUGAUGAUGAGUCUGACGAGGGUCUCGAGUUGGAUGAGCUGGUCCUCUGUACCCUGGACCCCGAGAAGAACUGCCAGCAGCCUCUCGACAUCACCGUCGGUGAGGAGGAGCGUGUUUUCUUCAAGGUCACCGGUACCCACACCAUCUACCUGACCGGUAACUACGUUGUUCCCGCUGAUGAGCACGGCCCCUGUGGUUCCGACGACGAGGAUGACUACGAUGAGGACGACUAUGACCUUCCUCCUGGUGAGGAGGAGCUGGACCUCGAGGCUCUGUUGGGCGAGGAGGACGAGAGCGACGACCUCGAUGAGCUGGAGGACCCUAGAAUCACCGAGGUUGAGAGCGAGGAGGAGGCUCCCAAGCUGGUCGAGACCAAGGGCAAGAACAAGCGUGCCGCCGAGGAGGCCAAGCCUGCUGCCAGCGAGCCUGCUCUGAGCAAGAAGCAGCAGAAGAAGCUCAAGAAGAACAACGGCGAGGCUGCCUCCGUCGAGGAGAAGAAGGAUGCCAAGGAGGGCAAGAAGGUUCAGUUCGCCAAGAACCUGGAGCAGGGCCCCACUCCCUCUGCUCAGAAGCCCGCUGAGAAGCCCGCUGAGAAGAGCACCGGCACCCUGGGUGUCAAGGAGGUCAAGGGUGUCAAGGUCGACGACAAGAAGCUUGGCAAGGGUGCUGCCGCCAAGGCCGGCAACACUGUUGCUAUGCGCUACAUCGGCAAGCUCGAGGAUGGCAAGGUCUUCGAUGCCAACAAGAAGGGCAAGCCUUUCACCUUCAAGCUUGGCAAGGGUGAGGUCAUCAAGGGCUGGGACAUCGGUAUCGCCGGUAUGGCCGUCGGUGGUGAGCGCCGCAUCACCAUCCCCGCUCACCUUGCCUACGGCAAGCGUGCUCUUCCCGGCAUCCCUGCCAACUCGAAGUUGAUCUUCGACACAUCGAUGUCAAGUACUCGAAGCUCAGAUCCUCACGCGAGCCAGCUUAAGAGCGAAGACAGCAUCCGAGAACGUAUCCGUCAACGGAGCUCGAGAAUACUGUCACUCCUGGGUCUCCGAAACCCUGCUCAAGUACUGAAAGCAGUGGCAGCCCACGACGCAGAUGGCCUGCGAAUAGUCGAGGAUGACCGCGUCCCAUUACAGACCUUUCACUCGUUCCCUGCUCCUGUCGAGAAUGGGCAGAAUAAACAGCAAUCCGGUCGGGUUGCUGUCCUUGAUGGGCCUCCGGAUGCGUCUGAAGGAUCUAGUCCGACUGGCAUCAUUGAUUCCAGUUCCAAUCACAUUCCAGAGUCAACCGAAAAUGUCCACGCUCACCCAGAGGAGUCCCUCAGACCCUCAGAAACACCCCUAAAAGCCCCUCUCCCCAUCGUACGACCAAGCCACAAGCGAUUAUCCGAAGUUCUGAAGCGAAGUCAGUCGACACCUGCGGCUCUCACACAUAUUGUGUCAACCAAGCUAUCGACCACUUUUGGAAACCCUACGGUCAUUCGUCGCUCACAUUUUCGCUCGCGACCUACUUUUCGGCUUCCUCAGUUCUCAGGGCCCCCACUUGCCCCUGCAUUGGACAAGCAAGGCGACAGUGCUCAAGAUAGCUCCGAUCCCCAAACCUCACCGGAAGACAGUACAACUCCUCCCACGACUCCUCCCACCUCAGAAGAGCCAUCAGGAGGCUCGAAGCAAGGCAUUCUAGAUACCGAGCAGCCGAAACAAGCAACGUCACCUUCUGGCAGCGACGAGGGUACACAUACCCAAGUGAUCGAAGGCUCACUCGGUCGGUCGCCCUCGAUUAUCACAGUGGAGGCCGCUGCCAAUGCAAAGGUCUUCUUUGAAACACACUUCAACUCAGUGUUUUGUGGGACGGAUCUUCGCUCGCAGCGCCAGCAUGAGCUUGAGCAGUAUAUAUAUGGCCUUCCUUUGGCGCCCCAAGAAAGGGCGAGAAUUUGGGACAACUGGAUCACCCAGGAACGGCAGUAUCUGCGCCAAUGCCGUGUUCUCAAAAGUCACUCUCAUUGUGGCCGGCAGGACGAGACGGUAUCUCUCGCUGGAUUUGAAGCAAUCAAAGUUCUAGGAAGGGGAAGUUUUGGAGUUGUGAGGCUGGUCAGAGAGAAGAAAGUAGCGGAAAGUGAUAGUAGCAAUGCACAUGGGGAGAAGCAUUCGUUCUGCAGAGGAGAGCUGGCAAAGCUCAAAACCCGGUCUAUCUCUGUCAUAGACGGGACCACCAGCACACGUCGGAGGAUGAUGGUAGGGGUCAAAAAGGAUGUAUUUGCGAUGAAAGUGAUCCGGAAAUCUGCAAUGAUACGCAACAGUCAAGAAGGCCAUCUCCGAGCCGAACGAGACUUUCUUGUUGCAUCGGCCAAAUCCCGCUGGAUCGUGCCAUUGAUUGCGAGCUUCCAGGAUCGUGAUCAUUUGUAUCUUAUCAUGGACUACAUGGUCGGUGGUGACUUCCUAGGUUUGCUAAUGCGCCAGUGUAUCUUGCCCGAAGAAAUCACUCGUUGGUAUGUUGCAGAGAUGAUUCUGUGCAUCGAAGAAGCCCAUCGGCUAUGUUGGAUUCAUCGCGAUGUCAAGCCCGACAAUUUCCUCAUAUCUGCGUCCGGCCAUUUGAAAAUAUCCGACUUUGGUCUAGCAUUUGACGGACAUUGGGCCCAUGAUCAAGUAUAUUACAAUGAGCAGCGAUACUCCCUGCUCAGGAAACUCGGAAUUCAAGUGGCUGGAGACUCCCAGGACAGAAAGGAAGCCCGCAAGCCGGCAAAGGCAUCGUUCCAUGAAUUCGGUCCUGGAGCUGAAACUGACUGCACACCACCCACGAUGGGUCUGCUUGGAUGGCGUGACCGCACUCAGAAGCGGCGUUUGGCCGCAAGCGUCGUUGGAACCAACCAAUACAUGGCACCAGAGGUUGUUCGGGGUGAGCUAUAUGACGGCCGAUGCGACUGGUGGAGUAUUGGCAUCAUACUAUACGAGUGUCUCUACGGCUUCACGCCCUUUGCUUCGCACGAUCGUCAGAAGACCAAGAUGAAGAUCCAUCAUCACCACGAGACACUCUGUUUUCCUGCUAGUAGAGCGUCAGACAAGAGGGUUUCGCCCGACGCAAUCGAUCUUAUCAAUUAUCUACUUCAAGAAAAGGAGCAUCGUCUGUCGUCAAGCAAGUACAAAAUCAAUGACUCUUUGAGCUCCCGAUUACCAUCCCGACAUUUCUUCUAUAACAUGGACCCCCGAAAUCGAAACUACAAGGGCUUUUACGUCUUCCCAAACGACGCAGCAGAUAUCAAAACUCAUCCUUUCUUCCGCAACAUCAAGUGGGACGAGAUUCAUCAGACUAUUCCUCCAUUUAUCCCCAAAGUGAAAGGGUGGGAGGAUACCAGGUACUUUGACGAUGCAGGAUACGAGGGCGACCACGAUGAUAUUUCCAUUAUGUCAGAUCCUGACCACCCCGAAGACGAUAGCGAGAUCGAUGAGCCGGUGCCAGCUAAAGCCGAAGCUCACCUGCCCCAGGAUGCAAGCCCAGGCCCAGGAGGUAAAGUCUCUCCACACAAGGAUCGCAAGAGAAAGGAGCGGAAACGCCCGCGGGACAAGCUCCUGCGUGACCGGCAAAUGCGGAGAACGGACCCCGGGAAUCAAGCGCGACGAAUGUACAAGAAAGGCUCAUGA